AUGUCAUUUAAUGCGAUAAAAUUUGACAUUCAAGCACAUCCAGAAGGUUUAGUUAAAAGAAAGUGUAUUACACAAUAUGUUCCGACUGAUACUUUGGUAGUGGUAACAAUAAAAGUUGGCAUCGGUUAUAAUCAACAGAUAGAUGUUGAAGUGACAGAUAAUAGUCCUGCACAUAACGAGAAUGGAAGGAAAGAUGAUAUGAACGA